AUGGCAAGUAAAGAAUGUUUAACACGCUGGGAGAGCUACAGGAAAGUCAUCACUGCGGUUUCCUGCUAUUGGAUUUUCUCUAUUGGUCUCGUGUUCCUCAAUAAAUAUUUAUUAUCUAACGUAAAACUCGAAGCUCCAUUAUUCAUCACUUGGUAUCAAUGUCUCGUAACUGUGAUUAUGUGCAUAACACUAAGCAAAAUUUCAAAAACCUAUGGUACAUUCAAGUUUCCUUCAAUGCCAUUGGACGCAAAAAUCAGCAGAGAGGUCCUGCCGCUCUCCGUUGUCUUCGUCGCAAUGAUUUCCUUCAACAAUUUAUGCUUAAAAUACGUUGGCGUUUCAUUUUACUACGUCGGCCGAAGUCUGACAACCGUUUUCAAUGUGGUUUGCUCCUACCUCAUUCUCGGUAACAAGACGUCAAUUCCCGCAAUCGGUUGCUGCUUGUUGAUUAUUUUUGGUUUCUUCUUGGGAGUUGAUCAAGAGGAUGCUUCCGGCUCUCUUUCUACAGUGGGCGUUAUUUUUGGAGUUCUUGCGAGUUUGGCAGUUGCUCUCAACGCGAUUUAUACGAGAAAAGUGCUUUCUUCGGUCGGAGAUUGCCUAUGGAGGUUGACAAUGUACAAUAAUCUCAACGCGUUGAUCCUUUUCCUUCCACUAAUGUUAUUCAAUGGCGAAUUUGGAGCGAUUUUCUAUUUUGAGCGUCUUUUUGACACGACCUUCUGGAUCCUGAUGACAAUUUCCGGAAUUUUUGGCUUCAUGAUGGGAUACGUAACAGGAUGGCAGAUUCAGGCAACGUCUCCUCUAACCCACAAUAUCUCGGGAACCGCAAAAGCUGCCGCUCAAACCGUGAUGGCUGUUGUUUGGUACAGCGAGGUGAAGACCCUAUUAUGGUGGGCCAGUAAUAUCGUGGUCCUUGUCGGCUCCGGAAUGUACACCUACGUCCAGAAAAGGGUUAUGGACAAGCGAACCGACGAAAACGAUUCAAAAGACGAUCGUGCGAAAAUUCUACCGAGCUCGAAGAGCUCUGACACCGCCGAAUCUGUCUAA